CAUCAACAAUAAUUGAUCUCCCUUCCCUCUUCCACUUCACUCCUCACAACUACUCUCGAUCAUGCCCGAAUCACGCCAAAUUAACUCCACCAAAUGCUUCGCAGCCGUUCUGAGCCGGCUUCUCUGUUCCGGAGGGCUCCCGACCCACCCCUCCGACCAAUUAAUCGAGCCAAAAAUUGAGAAAUUCGAGUUUCCGGCGAAGCCUGAGGAGAUUGCGAAGCGGAGCUCGAGCCUGGGGGUGGUGGCGAGGCUGAUGGGACUGGAAUCGUUUCCUGCUGAUAGUCAAUAUAAGGAGAGAACGUUAGGGGAUUAUUUCAGAAGUAGAUCGGUGAAUUCAAUCGAUUUUCUUUCGCAUUUCGAUCUCGCGAAACCAAGGAGCCACCGGAGAGUCAGGACUUCGGUUUCGUUUCGCGAGGGAGCGACUGAUGAUUUCGACAGCUUGGUUCUGGUCUUCGAUGGCGGGAAAAUUGAGGAAAUUGAAGAUAAAAGAGGAAAAAACGUGGAAAUUAAAGAGAAGAAGGGGUCGGUUUCGUUGAAGAAGAGCAAUUUGGAGGGGAAAAGAAGAGCGGAUUUGAAAGAGAGAAGGCCUUUGUUGAACGUAGUCGAGUGUGAGGAAAAAUUGAAGAAGAAGAAGAAGAAAAUUAAUGUGAAGAAAAUACACCCUCAGGGAACUGCACCAGUGGCCAGAGUUGCGCGUCCAGAAAAACUUAAACCAAUUCAAACUGCAAACUCUCGAACUCAAAGCUCGUGUUCGAAUACUUCAUUUUCUGAUAAGUUGGAGAUGAGAGUGAUUACUGCUCCGAAAAAUGAAGGGAAAAUCGAGGCCAAUGGUGAUUUUUGCUACAAAAAAAUGGUGGAUGAAAUCUGCACACUGACUGAAAAAAGUGUGAGAGAGAAUUGGAUCUAUGGAAUGGAGCUAAAGUUCGAAAAUUUUGAGGAUAUGUGUCAACAGUUUGGACAAGAAAUUCUUGAAGUUUUGUUGACACAGCUUGUUCAUGAGCUUAUUCUGUAUUUUGUAGAAUAAAAGUGUAACAUCCCGCUUUUUCGAACCCUAAUUUUUGUGACUUGGAAAUUUUUGUAUUAAAUGCUUUUAAAGCUAUGAUAUAUGUGGAUUAAAUGAUAA